CAGCUUCACAUAAUUGCCUUCACUCACAACAUUCGAAUUCCAGGUGAAAAUGACCUGUCUCCUACGGAAUCGUUGGAUUCGUCACAAUUCGAGCUCAUCGCCGGCCAGGAAGAUGAUCGGCGGAUGACCUUUUUCAAGCAAAACGUCUCCAGAGGGCCACUGAUGUUGGCGCUGACGUCAUCCAAACCAUCCUCGGCUCGCUUAUUCCUGUCGCAUUCUCAGGACGAAAUGGACGCCUUCUAUCCACCGCUACCGCAUGAUACUCGUCUUGCUCACGCUGUUUCGAAAGGCGAAAGCUCCGAGACCAAUCAGGUGCUCAUCACAUGGAAGGCCGCUGAUCGUGUUAGAUCUGGAAAACGUUAUUUCAUUACGUUAUUCGUGCGAGAUUCACUUCAUGGUAGUACGUCGUCGUACGAAACCCUUGAGGUGAAUUUGAAGAGAACGGUCGACAACAGUAGUCAGGAGGCGAAAAAGGACGAGGUACAAUCGCUCCACAACGCCGUUCUAGAAUCCGGUAAUCUGCCACCCAAAAAGAGUUCAACACUCGAUUACCAGUUUAUCGUGCCGUCUAAUACAACGAAGAGUAAUAAGGUACUACUCAUCGUGCAUGCCUGCGAAGGGUACGUGCGAAUGUCGGUGUAUCGGAACGGGAAACUGUUGAAGCGAAGCGAACCGUUCUCGGGUUUCAGACGUUUCCUCGUCGUGAACGUCCACUCAGGUCAGCUUCGUUUCCAAAUUAGUAAUGAUGACGCGAAGCCGAAGACCGUCCACCUUUGGGCGAGCACACAGGCCGACCAAUCGCCAUAUCCGAAACUGCCUGAAGACACAAGGUUUGUUUAUCAUACGGUUCAUCUCCAUGAACUUUGGAGUACUGCGUGA